GGAGCAGUAACGGUAUAUAAAGCGCUGGCGACCCAUGCCCGCUGUCGUCACUCCAUUCGAUUCAAUUCCCCGUCGAUCCCGACGAUCUCGCGCCCCGAGAAAAUCUCGCACCCCAAGGAAAGAAGAAGGCGACGACGCGACGACGACGUCGGCAUCGAGUAGAAAGCAGAGCAGAGAUUUUCCUUGGGGUGCCACGGGAGGAGCCGAUGCCGGCGCCGGCGCAAGAAGCGGACGACGACUUCACCUUCCCCACGCCGCCGCCGCUCCUCGCCGCAGCCGCGUGCAGCUACGGCCACCACCGCCACAACAACAGGGUGUCGCCGUCGCCGUCGCCCUCCUCCUCCCCGCUUCCCGCGUGGCUGCUCUCCUCGCCCAUCCGCCGCAGCUUCUCCGCCGCGGACUGCGCCGCGUCGCCGUGGCGCGCGGCGCGCGGCAGGUGCUGCUCCCCCGCCCUGAGCGACUAUGCCGCCGGGUUCUGCGACGGCGGGGACGAAGAGGAGGAGAUGAUGGACAGCCUCUGGGAGGACCUCAACGACGACGAGGCGCCGGGCGGGGAGAGGAACGAUCUGCUCAUCGCCUCCCUCGACGUGUCGCGCCGGCGCUCCGUCGGAGGCCCGGGCCACCCCGUCGACGGGAGGAGGCCGACGGCCCCGGCGAAGGAGCGCGAGGCCGCGGCGGUGCUCGCGGCGUCGAGGAGCUCCCGACGGCGCUCCCCGGGGCUGGUGGUGAUGAUGCGCGCGCUCAAGAAGAUGUUCGUCGCGCACAAGAGCAGGAGCAAAGUACACAAGGUCGACGAGCAGAGCACCGCCUCUGCUUCUUCCGGCAAUUCCUUCAAGAAAUGAGGUGCAUCAUGACUUCAUGAGCCGCACAUCACAGUAAAAACAGUUACACUUUAUGAUAAAUAGCGUGUUGGCCAUAAUCUUGUAAAGCAUUGAUUUCUUUUUUUGAACCUUCGAGCACAUUCUGCACAAUGAUGAUAAUCACAGUUGUGUGAUUUUUAUUGCGAAUCGUAGUAUUACUGUGUAUCAUUACGUACAGUCAUAUCUAUUUUAUGUACAAGCAGUUAUUUGGUUAGAUUAAACAUGGUUUACAUACA